CUUCUGUCUGCGGAAGAGAUAAGCACAGUUCGACUGUCCUCUUGGGUGCCCAUCUGUUGGUUCAAAAUCAACAGUCCGAUGAAUAGUAAGGAAGGUAAAGCCAGAAAGGAAUGCCCAGAGGCUAUUCCACAGAGAGGACCUUGAUUUGCUGGAAAUAAACUUCACUAACUAUCUUGGAAUCUUGGGAUUACUUUCUACAAAUUCUUGGCAGCCAAUUAAAAUGAGGUGCUGCCAAUAAUGGGUGAGCGACUGGCCCAUGGACUUGAUGGAUCCAUGGACUGGCCGCUGGAAAAGGAGAAUGCUGUACUGGCUCUGGCCGGCGUGGCGGCCGAAGGCUGGCAGCAGGACACGGCGCCGCUCGAGGACUGUCCUGAAGACGAGGCAGCGUCACAGCCCCGUCCCAUCUCCUUCGGCUGUUUUUGAAAAGCCUUUUAAAUUUAAUAAAAUUUAUCAUAAUAAUUAAUACAUAUAUUAAAGAAAAAAAAAUUUUGCAGUGGAUUUGUCAGUCGACUGAACAGCAACUGUGGUGGCGCCGGUUGGACGGACACAUCGAAGGAAGGUUUCCGUAAAGGUGGAUUUGCGUGGCCUUCUCUGUUUGUGACCUCAAGUCGAGGUCAUUCCCUCACCGCACCUGGAAACCAAACCUGAGCUCCUCCUUGGACCUCUGCAAAAGGCCUGCCUAACGACCUCUACGUCUACUGGCAUCAGUAUCCAUGGGAACUGGGCGAGGGGCUCUGCAAAUUCAGGGCACUCAUCUCCGAAGCAACUUCGUACGCGUCGGUGCUGACGAUCGUGGCGUUCUCCAUGGAACGCUACCUGGCCAUCUGUCAUCCUCUGCACGCGUACACCAUGACAGGCCUGCGUCGAGCGUCGCGCAUCAUAGCCGCGAUAUGGCUUGUGUCGCUCGCCUGCGCCAUCCCCUUCGCCUUGUUCACCACAAUCAACUAUCUCGACUUUCCGCCUGGUUCAGGCAACCAAAUAAUCGAGUCCGCUUUUUGCGGCAUGCUCAAUGUUCCCGACAAUUUUCCCCUCUACGAGACGAGCAGCGUGAUUUUCUUCCUCCUGCCCAUGGUGAUCCUCAUUGUGCUGUACACGAGGAUGGGGCUGCUCAUUACCCGGCGUCACGGUCUCGGCGAGUCUCAUCGCACGAACAAGUCUCGGAAGUCCAUUCUCAGAAUGCUCGCCGCGGUGGUGGUUUCCUUUUUUAUCUGCUGGGCGCCGUUCCACCUGCAGCGCCUGCUCUACGUUUACCUGAGUGAAAUGGAUGGCUUCAACGAGUACAACGAAUGGAUAUAUCACAUUACCGGCUGCUUUUAUUACUUUUCCUCCACAGUCAACCCGAUUCUUUACAACGUCAUGUCUGCCAAAUAUCGCAACGCUUUUAAGGCGACUUUGUGCGGGACGUCGGCGAUGGCCGCGAUGGCGACGUCGGUGCGCGAGACGAGCAUGGCGGCGUCGAAGCGGGACGACGUGCGUCAGCAGUCGCGCAGCUCGAGUGGCAACUCGUGGCUGUCGCGGCAGCACGCCAGCUCAUCGCGGGUGAGAGUCACCCUUUUGGUGGAGGAGGACGCUAAUUUGCUCGAGCCCAUCGUGCUCAUUGUGCAGAAAAACGCGGGCGGCGGGCAGGCCGGAAAGCGACUGUUGACGGCCGUGGCCGAGGUCGACGACGAGCACUCGAGGGUGGCGCCCGACAUUCUGGCCAACACGGCCCCCGGCACGGCUGAGACCUGCAUGUGAAUCAGAACGGACUUUCUGCAAUUGCAGUGCACAUCGAUGUUUUGACA